AUUAAAUAUGCCAGGAAGAGGAAAAGGAGGAAAAGGAGGAAAAGGUUACGGAAAGGUCGGAGCCAAGAGACACGCCAAGAAGGCCCUCAGAGAGACUAUCUUGGGAGUCACCAAGCCAGCUAUCAGAAGAUUAGCUAGAAGAGGUGGUGUCAAGAGAAUUUCAUCCCUCGUCUAUGAAGAGACCAGAGCUGUCCUCAAGGGAUUCCUUGAGUCAGUCAUCAGAGACUCAGUCACCUACACCGAGCACGCCAAGAGAAAGACUGUCACCGCUCUUGAUGUAGUCUACGCUCUCAAGAGACAAGGAAAGACCCUCUAUGGAUUCGGUGGUUAAACAUCACAUUAAUUUUGUUAUGGAUAAAAUCACGUCCAUGUGAAUUA